AUGACCCGUCUGCUGCUGGGAGCCGUGCUACUGGGAAAAAUGAGCAUCUGUGUCAUAGCACAAGGGAUGCUCGCCCAACCUGCCCAGGUGAGGUUUGACUCUGUGGACUACAAAAACCUUCUGCACUGGAAUCCGCCCACCGACAACACCUCGCUGCAGUACUACGUCCAGUGGAAGAUUUACGGGGAGCCUCAGUGGUCGGAUGUGGACGGCUGUCAGGGGAUCCAGAAGCAUCAGUGCGACCUGAGUGACGUGACCUCUGACCCCAGGGAGUGGUACUAUGCCAGAGUGCACGCUUCCUCUCUGCCCUCCCGCAGAUCAGCCUGGGCCCUCUCGCCCAGAUUCAGCCCCCGCUGGGACACCAAAAUCAGCCCACCUGGGCUGAGGCUGAGUGUCAGGCAGCAGGGCAUUGUGGUCCAUGUGAAGCCCCCGAGGACGCUGGUCCGGAAGAUGCUCAGCAGUCUGCGCUACAGGAUCUACCUCAUACACACCAGCGGAGACGAGGAGCUGUUCGAGACGGACGGGAGUCCCCACAGGCUGACCCUGAAAGACCUGACCCACAAGGCGAGGUACUGCCUCCAAGGCCAGACCGUGAUCACCUCCCAGGCGCGGAGCAGCGUCCGUGGCUCCCUGAAGUGUGUCACGGUGCUCUGAUCCCGCCCAGACAAACUCUGCCAACGGGAUUCACUGGAGGAGUGGACGUGUCAACCAUCGGCUCUAAUCAUCCGUCGCCGCCUCGGCGGCCGCAGCCACGGGCGCCCGUGGAUCCGACGCCUGGUUCGAACUGGAACCCCCUCAGCUUCAGGAGAAGCUUUUAGUUCUGCGAGUUAGAUAUCGACCGCUGUCCGGCGAUUGUAUGUUUGUUCCAUUGAUUUCCUUUUUAGUUUGGGUCUUCACGUCUCAAGUUGGUUCCCUGCGAACGGACGGAGGUGUCCAGCCAGUGGUCACCGCCAACGCCACGGUUUCAUUUGGGCAGGGGGGGCUGGAUUCAGACUCGAUGGGGACACUGUGCGUUCCAAUUUGGUGAUAGGACUAGUGCAACCCCCCCCAAGUUUAAUUAGUCAGCACUCAUUGUUCAACCUUGCAGAUCCAACGUGUGUGUGUGUGUGUGUGUGGGUACGUGAGCAGAGUAUAACCUUUGUUUUUCUUUGAAUGUGCAGAUUUUGUUACACUUUCUUUUUUUUCCCUGUCAUACGCACAUGAUCGAGUUUGCAUAAGUUACACUAAAACUCUGUGACCGCGAUCGUUUCCCGUCCACGCUCAGGCUGGCUCGUGUCCGAUCGACCCACGAGGAUCAGUGAACUUGACCUUAGACCUUUUUUUUUUCUUUUUUAGCAGAGAGCUUUCUUUGAAUUGAAAAAAAAAAACUGUGCUGAAGUAUCAAGGGACCAUUACUGUGAAGAAGUGAAUCAUCGCCAUCAAGGUGCAAACGUUUCGAGACUGUUUCGUGCCAAAUGUAC